AUGUCGCCUCCUUCAUCCAAGAGCAAGCAUUCCGAGUCUGGGGUAGCUCGCCUCUGCGGAUCCGCCACCUCGGGAUUCCUCGAGCUCGUGAUCUUCCACCCCAUCGACACGAUCGCCAAGCGACUUAUGAGCAACCAUACACGGCUCUUCGUGCCCGGACAACCUCUGAGCGUGGGCCUGGCCGCAACCAACAAGGUGAUCUUCAAAGAUGCCGCCGAGGCCCCCUUUCUCAAGAAAUACCGUUCCCUCUUCCCGGGACUCGGUUUCGCAGCCGGGUACAAGAUCCUGCAGCGGGUCUACAAAUUCGGCGGACAACCCUUUGUCAACGAGUUCUUGAAUCGUCAUUACAAGACCUCCUUCGAUAGGACGUUUGGGGAGAAGACUGGAAAGACGAUGAUGCAUGCGACUGCGGGGUCGUUCGUCGGGAUCGGAGAGAUUGCGUUGCUGCCGUUGGAUGUAUUGAAGAUCAAGAGGCAGACGAACCCAGAGUCGUUUAAGGGACGCGGCGUCGUUAGGCUCGUUAGGGAUGAAGGGUUCCAGGGACUGUAUCGAGGUGCACUGUGGACAGCUGCCCGCAACGCUCCAGGAUCAUUCGCCCUCUUUGGAGGCAGCGCAUUCGUCAAGGAAUGGAUCUUCAGACUGGAGGACUACAACAAGGCCACGUUCUUCCAAAACUUUUGCGCCUCCAUCGGAGGCUCUGUUGCCUCCAUCACCGUCGCCGCACCCCUGGACGUCGUCAAGACCCGUAUCCAGAACCGCAACUUUGACAACCCAGAGGGCGGUGUCAGUAUUAUCCGAAACAUGGUCCGUCAUGAAGGCUUCGGGGCCUUCUUCAAGGGUCUGUUGCCAAAGAUCCUUGUAGUCGGUCCAAAACUCGUCUUCUCGUUCACCAUCGCCCAGCAGCUCAUUCCAUUGUUCCACCAAAAGUUUGAGGAGGUCGGCUUGACCCAUGUUGGCAACACCGCCAAGUCCAAGCCCAAGGCUGCUUAG